UUUUAAAAUAAGUUUACUGCCGUAUAUAUGAACCUUUCGAGGCAUAAUGAGGAAUAAAAUCUAUGUUAAAGAGGUCUUAAUUCAGCUUAUGGCAUACCAUUACAUGGUGAUAAUUCAUAGGUACCUACCAAGGUAGUAAUUGCCGUAUCUCGUACCCCAGUGUCAUCAUGGAUGUGUUUACCCCUGACCUUCCAUAUCAGGCGUUAUCGCACUGAACCGUCGCAUUACUCCGCCUCACCAAUCCACGAAUCCAGACAUUACUCCUCGAAAUGCCCUCCAAUCUAUAUCAUUUAAACCCACUCUAAGCAUCAAUUGACAGGCCCAAACAACUUUAAACCCAGACCCCAAAAUGACCAAACGCACAACCCAGCAGCCUCGUCCCGAAGCCCUCCCAAGCCGGAUCUUCUCCACAGGCUUCGGCAUCGCGAUAAGGCCGCCUCGCGACGACGCACUCACUAACUCCCAACUCCAACCCAGCUACACAAUCAUAACAACAGACCUCCUAAUCCCCGGCUCCUCGCCCCCCAUCCCCUCCGCCGCGCUCGUAAUCUCCGCCAAACUAAUCAUCUGGACCGGCGCGCAAUCCGGCAUCCCAGCGGAAUACACCUCCGCGCCGCACGUAAAACGGUACUCAGUGCCGUACCUAAUGCCGGGGCUCUGGGACUGCCACGUGCACUUCGGAGGCGAAAGCGAGUCGGAGGACAGCAGCGACAGCUACGCGGGGUUCAUCGCGGAGCACCCGGCGGCCGCGGGGGCGCGGCUGACGCGCGGGUGCUGGGAGGCGAUCCAGCGGGGAUACACGUCUCUGCGGGACGUCGCGGGGUUCGGGUGCGAGGUUGCGCGCGCGAUUGAUGAUGGGACGAUUGUUGGGCCGAAUGUGUACAGUGCUGGCGCGUGUCUAAGCCAGACGGCGGGACAUGGGGAUGUGUUUAGCCUGCCUGCCGGGGACGUGUUGCUGAAUCUCGGUGUGGCGAGUAUAUCAGCCGGCCAGUUUGGGACGGGGAUGAGUGUUAUUGUGGAUGGGGUUGACGAGUGCAGACGUGCGGUGCGGUUGCAGAUUCGGAGGGGCGCGCGGUGUAUUAAGGUACUGGCGAGUGGGGGGGUUAUGUCAAGGGAUGAUAACCCGUUGUAUGCGCAGUUCAGCCCCGAGGAGUUGAAGUGCAUUGUUGAGGAGGCGACGAGGCAGAAUAGGGCUGUGGCUGCGCAUGUUCAUGGGAAACCGGGGAUUUUGGCGGCGGUUGAGGCGGGCGUUACGACUGUGGAACAUGUUUCGUUUGCGGAUCAAGAGUGUGUUGAUUUGAUUAAAGAAAAGGGGACGGUGUGGAUUGCUACGCGGACUAUCGUCGAUAUGCUCUUACAGUCGGGCGGAAAGGGCCUGUCGCGACAGCAGUGGGAGAAGGCCCAGCUAUGUGGUAAAAACCAUUUGGCGGCCUAUAAAUUAGCGAUUGAGGCCGGUGUGCCGAUUGCACUAGGUACUGACACACCACCGGGAUUUAAUAUGGCGAUGGAACUAGAUUAUGCAGUGCAAGCUGGCUUGAGUAACCUGGAGGCGAUUAAGGCCGCUACCGCUAAUGGCCCCUUAAGUGUAGGGGGACAGGCCCCAAAGACCGGUCAGCUGAAGGUUGGCUAUGAGGCUGAUGUACUUGGGUUACUUGAAAAUCCGGUAGAGGACGUGAAAAUACUGCAAGAAAAAGCGAAUAUUGGUUGGGUAUGGAAAGGAGGGAAGAUUUUGAAGGGGCCUGGAGUUGGUCCUUGGGGAGAAGAGUUGUAAUAAUAGGCAGAGUGUGUUGUAAA